AUGGGUGAUUCACAAAUUCCCAAAGAUCCCGAAGCCCUAUCGGCGUUCAUCGCGCAUCACACCGCGAAGUAUACCGCCAAACUGAAAGAAGGCAUCAAUGUGGAAGAGGAAAUCAACUUGAUUUCUGCCUCCUGCAGAGCCCUACAGGCAUCGGUGAAUGUCCCCGAGGACUGGACUAAUGAAGUUGCGUGGGGGUUCAGCGCGAGCAUUGCCAUCUCCCUCAUCCUAGACAUGGGAAUUGAGAAGAUGAUAAGCUCGGAGGGAAGUCCAACUUCGUUGGAAGACUUGGUGGAGCUCACUGGGGGGUCAAGAGCGCUGAUAAAAUGUGCCAUGACCCAGUGUGUGUUCUAUUGCAUUUUCGACGAGCCAUCGCCGGAAGCUUACCAGCACAACGCCCGCUCUAGAUGCUUGCUUAAUAGAGGGUUCGCUGACUGGAUACACUACUCCGUCGAUGAUGGGCUCCGUUCAGGAUCAAACAUAGGCAAAUAUGCUCGGCUCAACAAAUUCCAAAUCCCAGAUACUCGACACAAAACUGCGUUUCAAAUGGCGUUUGAAACGGACCAAAGCAUGUAUCUGUAUUACCAUGAAGAAGACAAAGUUAGGGGAGCCCGCUUUGACAGCGCGAUGAACAAUGACUACGACGAACAGCUAUUUAGACCUAUUGAGUCGGUAUUUGACUUUGGGCACCUCUCGCCUGAUGCUCUCGUUGUUGAUGUCGGGGGAGGCAAAGGACACCACGCCAUUCGUCUUGCCGGCAAGAAUCCCCAGAUGUCGUUUAUUGUCCAAGAUUUCCAGGCGAAAACACCACCGAUGAAUCAUGCAUCUAGCGAAAGUACCCUGGAAAGGAUGAAGUGGCAACAACAUGAUUUCUUCACAACUCAGCCAGUGAUCGGCGCUAGUCUCUACCUACUCAGCCGCAUUUUCAUGGACCACCCCAAUGAUGACUGUCGAGAGAUUGUCAAGAAGAUUGCCGAUGCCAUGACGCCGAACGAGUCCAUUCUGCUCGUUGAUGAUUUUAUCGAAAACACUGUCGUGCCAGUCAAAACAAAUGCACUCAAUUUACACAUUAUUGCCAGCUUUGGGCGUCCAUUCCGCACUAUGAAAGAGUGGGAAGAUCUGUUUUCGGCUGCCAAUGCUAAUCUGAAAAUUGACCAAAGUUGGUUGUUUGAAAGUGGCAGAGCUGUUUUCAAACUCAUGAAAUGA